AUGGUCAAGUACGCAGCAGCAGCAGCAGCGCUGGUGCUGGCGGUUACCGUCGCCGCGGCUGUCGCAGCCGAACAGACUGCCUCGCCGCCGGCUGAACAGCAGCCGCAGCAGCCACUGCACCAGAACAGCGGCGCCGAUGACGGCGACGUGUCCUGGACCGAAGUGAUCUCGUGCUACAAGAAGCCGCAAGUGGCCAUCGGGUGCCUGGAGUCGCGCAUGAGCCGCGCCAUGGUGUCGAUGCGCGACACGGCCGUCGGACUGGCCCACAGCGAUCCGGAGGCCGCGGCCGAGGACGUGGCCGGCGUCGGCGAUCUGGUCCAACAGAUCGGCGAGUUCAUCAAGUUCGGCAUGUCCAGUUACUUCCGAGGCGGCAGCAUCGACGAAGACGAAACCGCGGCCCAGUCCGCCGGCGGGUCGCCCGUCAACGCGCCGAAAGACCUCGACGAAGGAAGGGGACAUCAUAAGAAAAAGAAGAUCCAAAAGGAAAUCAAGAAAUUCGUGUUGAAGGUUCUGUUCGGUAUCUACCUGUUCAAGCAAAAGAUCAAGAUGAUCAUCAUGACAAUCCAAUCGAUAUUGAUGAGCAAGUUCUUGGUCGUCGCAAUGAUCUACGCCAUUUCCAACACAUUCAAGAUCUGGUACGAUAUCAAGUGGGGCAAGCACGGUCACCACGACAAGGUUGUGUACUACGAGAAUGCCCACCACCAACACCAUUAUGAGCCCCCAGAGCACGGCGAGUACGACGACCAUCACGAACAUCACGGUUUUGGAAGCAGCAUCUGGGGUAGGAGUAUUGUGGCCACCGAACCUUCGGUAAUGGAACAGUCUGGCGGCGGUUCACCUGGUUCUCAAGAUGGCAUCAGCCGUUAUAUCAGACGCGUGUCCAGGACCGCACAGCCCCAGGCUGGAGCACAAGCCAUGGCCUAUGGAGGUCAAAUCCCGAGUCAAUAA